AUGUCCGGUGAACCAGCGGUCUACAAACCGCGAACCUUUAUGAUCUCCGACAUUCUGAAUGAACCAGACGAUGAGAUGUCGCUCGUCAGAUUCCUUCUUUACUCCACCACUUUGAUGUCUGGGGGCUCUGUGCCAGCACCUCGAUCAGCCUGCAGAAUGAAAACUCAUCCUGAGGUCAUGGAAAGAAUUAUCCGGGCAUACGGCAAAGUUGUUGAUAACUUGAAUUCCCAUGUCAGUCCCAACUGUCAGUUCCCCCCGGCUGAUCAGUUGCUGGCGAUAGUGUCUUCCAGCCCAAAAGUUUAUGGCAGGAAAUUUCUCUCGGAGCCAUUGAGUGAGGGCGCUAGAAGGCUUAUUCAGAGUCUCGAGGAGUCUGAGGAGCCACUAUACGUCGGCCUUUGGGGUGGCGCGAAUGUCGUUGCGCAAGCUAUGCACCAUAUCGAUCAGACAAAGCCAAAAGCUGAGGCUGAUCUGCUACGAAUCCGCCAACGUUGGCCCAACAUUGUAUACAUUGUCAGCAUACAUGGAUUUGGGGAGUUUCUCGCUGCGACGUGGGUCGGCAUCAACGCAGAAGACAAUGGCAUACCCGAUAUGACCCAGGUCCAGGACGGAUGGCUCACACCAGACAUCCGUGUUGGCCCUCUCGGGGCCGAGUACCCCCUCAUCAAGUUUGGUAUGGAGGGCGACUCGCCUAGCUUCAUGGGGCUUAUUCCUAAUGGUCUAUCAAAUCCUGAGAGACCUGGAUGGGGUGGCUGGGGUGAUCGAUAUAACCGGAUUACUUGGGCCCAUGAUCUGAGUGCUGAGUACGGAGUCUCUCCCGACACGGUGGUAACUCCCAACGGGAAGCCACACAUGAGCGUGCAAUCAACCGUCUGGCGCUGGAGAGACGCCUCGCAGGACGAUUUUGCGGCUCGAAUGCAAUGGUCGCUUCAUCAAGACUUCAGUGCAGCGGCACAUCCACCCUUGAUCGACGUUAACGGGUCGGUUGGCCCAGAGGCACUGCACAUCGUGGUCCCUCCCAAGGCAUCCAUUACUCUUGAUGCAAGCAAGACUGUGGACUUGGAUCAUCCUGGGGAUAUUGAGCAACUUGAAUUCGAGUGGUUCUUCUAUCUUGAGCCAGGCUUCCCACAGGCCACGGGAGAUAAGAAGAUGGCCGACUACAUAAAUCUUAAGUCGUUGUCACCCCCGACAGGAACAGAUGGAAGGCUUCCCAGAAACGAAGCUGGCUUUGGCAAGGUUAUCCUGGGCCCAAGAGUUUCUGUCAUGAAUCUUGUGCCGGAAGAACGGGAUUUGCGCUCGCGAGAGUGGCACAUCAUCCUGCAGGGUAAGACUAAGAAGGGUCCGUAUCCGAUCACCAGGUACAAGAGAGUGGUCUUGAAAUCAGAGUAA